UUCUUCUUCUUUUUUAAAAAGAGGUAAAUUUUCUUCGUGGACCAUUUCAUUGUUGCCUUCCCAUCUCAACCUAAACCUCGGAUAGUCCUCCAUACUUGGUUUUUGCCGCUCACUUAUCAUCGUCAUCAUCAUCUUCACCUGACCAGAACUCAAAACAAAAACCAAAUCUUGGAACAAACCACUUUUGGACACAGUAAACUUUUCCUCGCAAUUUCCUUUCCCUCCCCAAAACCCUUUCAUAAAACCUCAACAGAAACCCCUCCCAAUUCGGCUCACCUCUAAACCCCCCAAAUGUCAAUCACAUCCCGAAUUCAAAGCUAAGAAGUAAAACCCAUCAUUUUUUACUUUCUCCAUCUCCCAUUUCAGCAAUGGCUGUAACUCUAUCAGCCUCAGCAUCUCCAUUAACAUCAAAAUUGAUUCUUGGCAAAACCCUCCUCAGAUUUUCACCAAAACACUCCCACCCUUUCACUCCCCAAACCAAACAACCCCCAUUCAAUCCAAAUGGACUCAUAAAGCUUCAUUCUUUACGCCCAGUAGUCCCUAUUCUGAAAGCUUCUCCUCCACGAGCUUCUUCAAAUGGGUUUGAGGAAGAUGAGGUCUUGUCAAUUUUCCAAGAACGGCCGGUCAAAUUUGGGCUUUGGGUGUUGCUUUGGGCCUCUGUUUCACUUGCUUGGUUUGCUGCUUCCGGGGAUGCCAAUGCAGCUGCCACUGCCGCUGCUGCUGCUGCUGAUUCGAUUAGAGCUUCCUCUUUCGGCCUGAAGAUUGCAAAUGGGCUUCGGGGUUUGGGCUGGCCUGAUGAGGCUGUGGUGUUUGCAUUGGCUACGCUUCCGGUGAUUGAGCUUCGUGGGGCUAUUCCUGUUGGUUAUUGGUUGCAACUCAAGCCUGUUAUGCUAACUGUUCUAGCUGUUCUUGGGAACAUGGUUCCUGUGCCCUUCAUCAUACUUUACUUGAAGAGAUUUGCAUCUUUCCUUGCUGGAAAGAAUAAAGCUGCAUCUCAGUUCCUUGACUUAUUGUUUGAGAAGGCUAAAAAGAAAGCUGGCCCUGUAGAGGAGUUCCAAUGGCUUGGUCUGAUGUUGUUUGUGGCUGUGCCUUUCCCGGGAACAGGAGCAUGGACAGGAGCCAUUGUAGCUUCUAUUCUUGAUAUGCCAUUUUGGUCAGCAGUGUCCGCAAAUUUCUUUGGUGUUGUGUUGGCUGGGCUUCUAGUGAAUUUGCUGGUGAACCUUGGUCUCAAAUAUGCUAUUGUUACUGGUAUUGUUCUCUUCUUUAUCUCUACGUUCAUGUGGAGCAUCCUUCGGAAUCUUAAGAAGUCCUUAAGCUCAUCAACUUGACCAUAAGAUUGGAAAUUUUGAAGUAAUCCAAUACAUCUCGUGGGUUAACUGAUGACUUUGAACGUUGAGACUAUGCAAUCUCUAUUGACUUGCUACAUGUUUUCAUUGUCACAGCAUAAUUGGAAUUAGUACACUAUGCUGUAGAAAAUUUAUGAAUGUUUUGUGAUACUGUAAAUAGAAAUGAAGUAAUAUGAGAUGCAUCUUCUCUCAAACAGGUUAAAUUCCUGGUUAACUGGGAACAGGUUAUUGUAGUUGAAUGUGACUGUAAACAAUGUAAGGUCAAAUGUCUUCUUUCUUUG